AUGGUUUCCGAAGGGAUAUUGUUGGGAAUGGGGAAUCCCCUUCUGGACAUCUCCUCUGUUGUGGACCAAGCAUUCUUGGACAAAUAUGAUGUUAAGUUGAACAAUGCCAUUCUUGCAGAGGAGAAGCACUUUCCCAUGUAUGAAGAGUUGGCUGCCAACCCCAAUGUGGAGUACAUUGCUGGAGGUGCUACUCAAAACUCAAUCAGAGUUGCCCAGUGGAUGCUCCAAUCUCCUGGGGCAACGAGUUUCAUGGGUUCGAUCGGAAAGGACAAGUUUGGAGAGGAGAUGAAGAAGAACUCAAGACAAUCUGGUGUUAAUGUUCAUUACUACGAGGAUGAGGCUGCUCCAACAGGAACUUGUGCUGUUUGUGUGGUGGGUGGUGAAAGAUCUCUCGUUGCGAAUUUGUCAGCUGCUAACUGCUACAAAUUUGAGCACUUAAAGAGACCAGAAAAUUGGGCCUUGGUUGAAAAGGCCAAGUACUACUAUAUUGCUGGAUUUUUCCUCACUGUUUCCCCAGAGUCUAUCAUGCUUGUGGCUGAACAUGCAGCUGCAAAGAACAAGGUUUUCACGAUGAACCUUUCUGCACCAUUUAUUUGUGAAUUUUUCAAGGAUGUACAAGAGAAAGCUCUUCCGUACACAGACUACGUAUUUGGAAAUGAGACAGAAGCAAGAACUUUUGCAAAAGUCCAUGGCUGGGAGACUGAUAGUGUUGAAGAAAUAGCUCUCAAGAUUUCACAGUGGCCUAAGGCAUCCGGAACCCACAAAAGGAUUACUGUCAUUACUCAGGGUGCCGAUCCUGUUGUAAUUGCUGAGGAUGGAAAAGUGCAGUUGUACCCCGUGAUUUUGUUGCCAAAGGAGAAAAUUGUUGAUACCAAUACCGCAGGUGAUGCUUUUGUGGGAGGAUUUUUGUCACAAUUGGUUCAAGAGAAACCUAUUGCAGAAUGCUUAAGAGCAGCUUGCUACGCCGCGAAUGUCAUCCUUCAGAGGUCUGGCUGCACCUACCCUGAGAAGCCUGAUUUUAACUAA